CCGCGUUGCCUGCCUGCCUGCUCGGAUCAACCACGUUGCCUCCACUUCCUUCCCCCUCAAUUAUCAAUAAUAGUAGGAUGGCUAUCUCCCUCACUUUGGGAUCGCUUUCCUCUCCCUCUUAAUUGUUGUUUCCUAUCCUCAUCACCCUUCACCAAUCCACUUUUUCCAGACAUUUUCCGUGUCGCAUGGCUGGCCAGGAUCGGAUUGUCCCUGUUCUUAUCCCUUUGAGCAUUUGAGCUCGCGCCUUCAGGCUUCCGCGAACGGUUCCAAUCCAUCGCUUCUUCGACUUCCCCCCGUUCGACUUGCUGUUGGAUUGCACCAUGGCUCAAGAGGCGUGGUCCGACAUCUGCGUUCAAUGCGUUGAGCUUCUGGUCAAUGUUCCAGUCUCCGUAUUACUUGUCACCUUCGCCGCAACCUUGACUGGUUUCCUUGUGCUGGUCUACGUUACCCUCUAUGCAGUCGCACCUGUACCACGGAAGCCUUACCCCGAAGAGAAACAAUAUCGUACGCUCACUAAAGAUGGAGCGAUCACGGAACCUCAAGCCUUACCUUGUUGGCAAGAUGCGUUGGACGCCAAGAGGCGUCCCGGUCGGACCCUCGAAAAUCCUUCCGUGGAGGAACCUGAGCUGUUCCUUUCUCUCGUCGUGCCCGCAUACAACGAAGAAGAUCGUCUCGGGGGUAUGCUGGAAGAGGCUGUAAAUUACCUGGAACGGAUGUAUGGGACGGUGACCGGCGCCAUUCCAAAUGGCGUGGAUGCCGAUGCAGCGCAGAAGGCCCUCCGUCAGCGCAAGUCAGCGAACGGACAUGCCAAUGGCAGUGCGACAUCUCAUCCCGUGCACGACAACAAGGGUUGGGAGAUCAUCAUCGUCUCGGACGGGUCCAAGGAUAAGACGGAAGAGACGGCAUUCACGUUUGCCCGGGACCAUCAGCUCUCGCUGCACCCGAAGGGCUAUUCGGGCCCUUGGACCCCGGGGACGAAGGAGGGUGUCCACAUCCCUCCGGGGACGAUUCGGGUGGUGACCCUCACUGAGAACCGAGGAAAGGGCGGUGCGGUGACUCAUGGUAUGAGACAUGUCCGCGGGCAGUAUGUGGUGUUUGCCGAUGCCGAUGGAGCCAGUAAGUUUGAGGAUCUGGGCAAGCUUGUCGCUGCCUGUCAAGGGGUCGAGGACUCCUUAGGCCGUGGUGUGGCCGUGGGAUCUCGCGCCCAUAUGGUUGGAAGUGAGGCGGUGGUCAAGCGGUCCAAAUUGCGCAACUUCCUUAUGCACUCAUUUCAUUUAAUCCUCUGGCUGUUGACUCCAUCCAAGACCGCCACUAUCAAGGAUACCCAGUGCGGUUUCAAACUGUUUACUCGGGCAUCGUUGCCGUAUAUCAUCCCGUACAUGCAUUCCGAAGGAUGGAUCUUCGAUGUGGAAAUGCUCAUGCUGGCAGAGUUUGCUGGCAUUCCAGUGGCUGAAGUGCCGGUGGGCUGGCGGGAGGUCAUGGGCAGUAAAUUGAAUGUGGUGCGCGACAGUGUCGGGAUGGCCUGGGGAUUGGCCGUUUUGCGGGCCGCGUGGUUACUCGGCAUCUACCAGCGCACCUGAUAACUAACUACUUCACCCUAUGUAUGCAUUUGGCCUACCGUGGAAAAGGGGCACGGCAUGGCACUGUAAUAAAGCUUUGAUUAAUUUGAUCGUGUCCUGGAACUGGUAAU